CGUGGCAGUAGCCAGAUCUGAGACUGAAGUGAAUUGCUAUUAAAAUAAUUAAAUUAUUCUCUGUCCCCAAUAAUUUAGAAGAUGAUUUAUAAAAUUCAAACAAUUUGCAUGAUAUAGACUUGAGUCAAACAAUUUGAAAGUCGGACACUUUGCAUUAAUAGAAUCAAGUUGUCAAAUUGCCACCCACCAGACCAACAGUCUAGAUCCACAUGCAGAUAUGGCCCUGGUUAGCCGUAAUAGUAGACCCUAUGGAUGUACAUUUGGGACCAAUUGACAUAUAAUAACAUUAUUUUGGGAUUAUUGGGCAAAUUAUUAUUCUAGAAUGGGUCAAAAAUAUGGUUUAGAUUGUUUGCAUAUGCAAGUUGAAGUAUUUUUAUAUCAAUUUCCAUUUCUGGAUGAUUGCCUAUAAAAUGUAUGUGCAAUUGUAUGAUUAUUUAGCAUUCCUUGCUCGUUAAUUUCUUCUGAACAAAGCAUUUCUUGAUAUCCAUGGCACGAAGCUCUCAGCCCUCCUCACGCCCAUUGGCGAAUUUUUCUCCAUCAGUAUGGAAUCAACAUGACUUUGCUUCGUUUUCCUUAGAGGACUCGGCCUUUGAUUCAUAUACUGAGGAAAUAGAAGCACUGAAAGUAGAGGUUAAGGAUAUGCUGAUGACCUCUCCAAGCAAUCAUCCAGUGCAGAAGAUUGUUCUGAUCGACUUGUUAUGUCGUCUGGGAUUAUCAUGUCACUUUGAUCAUGAAAUUCAACAGCAGCUGGAGCACAUCUUUGAUGCUGAAAUCAUCUCUUUCGACGAAAAUCGCAAUGACUUGCAUACUAUUGCACUCAUGUUUCGAGUUUUCAGACAACAUGGUUACAAAAUGUCUUCUGAUGUGUUUAAGAGAUUCAAGAACGAUGAAUCCGGCUUCAACGCGAGCCUCGCAAGCGAUGUGAAGGGAUUGUUAAGCUUGUAUGAAGCUUCACAUUUAAGCAUACAUGGAGAAGAUAUUCUAGAUGAAGCCCUUGAGUUCACAAGGACUCACCUGAAGUUCUUUAUGACUCAAUCAAGUCCUCAUCUUGCAAGACAUAUAAGCGAAACACUCCUUGUGCCUUUUCACAAGGGAUUGCCUAGAAUCGAAGCAAGAAAAUACAUCUCUCUCUAUGAAAGAGACGAUUCAAGGAACGAUGCAAUACUCAAGUUCGCCAAAAUAGAUUUCAAUCGAGUACAGUUGUUGCACAAGCUGGAUUUAUGUCAUUUGUCGAGGUGGUACAAGGACACCAUUGACAUUGAAUCGAACUUUCCCUACGCAAGAGACAGACUCCUAGAGAGUUUCUUGGUGGGUAUUGGAACCUUUUUUGAGCCUCAAUAUACUCGUCCUCGGAUCAUUAUGGGUAAAUUAGUGAUAUUAAUAACAAUUCUGGAUGACACAUUUGAUGCAUAUGGUACACUUGAGGAGCUUGAAUGCUUUACGAAUGCAAUGGAGAGGUGGGACAUUGCUGCUAUGGAUGAGUUGCCAGACUAUAUGAGACCUCUAUACAAGAUUCUCUUAAGUUUCUUUGAUGAAUUGGAGAAAGAGUCAAAAGAGGAGGGAAGAGCCUAUGCUUUCUCUUAUGUGAAAGAUGGGUGGAAAGCAUAUGUAAGAGGAAACCUUGUUGAGGCCCAAUGGUGCAAUGCUGGCUAUGUGCCUACAUUUGACGAAUACUUGAAAAAUGGGUUGAUCACAAGCUGUUGCCAUAUUCUUCCAUUGAUGUCUUUCUUUGUAAUCGGCGAAAUCGCGACACUUGAGGCAUUUGAAUGGCUCGAAAGUAGUCCAAAAUUCGUGACAGCUUCACAGACUAUAGGUUGUCUUGUCGACGACAUUAGAAGUCACAAGUUUGAGCAAAAGAGACGCCAUGUGGCGUCGGCCGUCGAGUGUUAUAUGAAGCAAUAUGGUAUCACAGAAGAAGAAGCAGUUACAGGGUUGAAGGAAAUGGUUGCGAAGGCUUGGAAGGAUAUAAAUGAGGAAUGGAUGAGAGCAAGUGCAGUGUCAAUGGAACUUCUCAAGCCAUUGGUUGGGCUUAUGCGCACAGUGGAAGAACUAUACAAGAUGGAUGAUGGAUUCACAGAUCAACUAAGUUUGAAAGACAACAUGACUUCAUUGGUAGUCGAUGAAGUUUCAAUGUAAGAUGUAAAUCCGAAAAGGUUGAGGAUCUCAUGUUUUUUCUUUCUUUUUUUUU